AUGGAUGGCGCGUGUCCGGUGCACAUGUAUGAACUAGACACCGCGGUUGCGUUCGUGUUGGGGCCAGAUUUAUGGAAGUAUCGAAAGCAGAGAUGCCCUUUUAGCGAGGUGCAUGAAGGCGGAAGCGCCAAAGAAAUUGUUUCACUUCCCGAAAUACCAGAAUUCCUAGAAAGAGAACCGUUUCUUAGGAAAGUCACACAAGGAUUGUUAUUGUGCAUUAUGUUGUCCCCCCUCUCACUAUAUGACCGAAUGGCUGAAGUGAACAUCGAGAACGUCCAUACAGACGACACAGUAGUCAGUGCGAUCGCAAGUGUGCAGGCUAUUUUAACGAUAAACGUACCCCAAACCACUCAUCAGUCAUUUCCAGCAAGAUCCGGGAAGUCACUUUCGGUCCUCUACUUCACUCUGAAUGCUACUAUCACCAACAUAUCUCUCUAUAUUUGUGUUUUCUCUGCGCUUCUUGACACUCUGCAUGUUUUUCUAACGCUAGGGGAGCCUGAAGGGUUGCGGUACAUUCACCAUCUCUCCAGUUAUAAAAUCAGGGUGAGCCUUGUGUUCAUUCUUAAGGAAUCAUGUCCCUGGUUGUACCUUAACGAUAAUUGUCAAAGUUGGAAAGGCCUUCAAAUGUGUAUUCGGAAUAAUGACCUCCAUAUACCCGGGUUGACAUGUCCACGUCCACCAACUAUAUCCACCACUUCCCCGUUUUUCAUUCCUUCCCAAUCACAGCAGUCUCGGAUCCGAGGUUUAGCGAUCCACUGUAAUGGCGUCAGUCCAUCGUACCACGGAUCCCAAUACCAGAUACCACUCACCCUUGGUAAUUCCUGCCACUGUGGACUCGAAUAUGGUACGCUGUAUCUCUUCUCAAAUGGGAUUUUCACUGAAGUCUCUCUACCAAGCCCCUUCGAGAUAGAGAUCGCUGUAUCCCCAAUUGCUUUGGACAUCUCGCCGCCUAAUGUUGGUAUUUAUGUUAGUAAAGGUGGCAUUUAUGACUUCGCCAAUGACGUGGCCGGGUCAAGUCCUGCCUUUUCCGGGAGGCGAAAAGUUAGUGACUCAAUCACCAAUACUGUAUCAAAGAUGCCGAAUCCUGGAGCUAAUUUAUACGCUGCUAUGCAGUUGGAUUUUCGGAUUAUUGGUGAGAAACAAUACGUCGCCAGCCGCCUCAUUGAGCCUGUCUCGGAGCGCAUGGUUAUGAGGAGGAUAUUUCGGGACAAUUGGUUGAGAAAUUUGAUCGUAAUUAGGAAGGGAAGUCAUAGCUGUUCAAUUACCUGGAUUAUCAUUCAAACAACCAAAUCACGAGAAGGAAACUUCGAGGAUCCAAUAGCCAAAAAUUUUGCAUCAUCUCCAGAGUCUAGAUGGCGUGGAGAGAAGGAUACAGCCAUAAUAUUGAAAGGAUUUACCCCAUGUGAUCCAACACGCAAUGGAAAUCCUUACAAGGUAAUUAUCCGAAUCACCCCGGCACAUUGGCACAGGUGGUAUACGCUUCAAAAUCGUGUCUGUUGUGGUAACUUCCGCUUAUUCACUUCACGGAGCUCUCCUGCUCGGGCUCCGCACCGCCGUGCAGCCGUGCCUCAUAAUCCAGCGCACGGCCCAUCUGACACACAGUCAACUCAAAACUUCCUUCCCUACCAGCCUUUGCCGUCAUGGAAACGCGUCCGCACUGCGUUCCUACGGGAACUAUCACUCAAGCGACUUUAA